CAAAAUCGUAUUAAAAUGAUCAAGAGACCUAAACCAGGUGAAGAUGAAGACGAUCUUCUCCGUAUGCAAGAAGAAUUUUUAAGAGAAAAGAGUAAAAACAACUAUCAACCAGCUGCCCAGGUGACCAAUUUACGUCGUAGUGAACCUACGAAGAGACCCAAUACCUCGGACUCAGCUACACGGAAACCUUCAAAAUAUGCACAAUCUAAAGGCCUUAAAAAUCAGGAGAAACGAAUGAAAACUGAGGUAGGUUCUAGCCGUAGGUCUUUAGUAGGGGACAUUUUCGAAAAAAACGCUCAAGAACAAACUCCAAGUCAAGAAAACGAAGAUGACAACGUCUAUUACCCUAAAAUAAUACCUAAACUUCUGGGAGAUAUCGUUGAAAAAAAUGUUGACCGGUUUGAAGAUUUAAAUGUAACAAAAAUGCCUUUACAAGGAUUUCCGGUUGCUACGAAAAGGGAUCUCAACAUAGCACCUGGCAAGAAGAGUAUUCAGAGUCAAGAGUUCGAGAAAAAACAUAAAAAACCUGGGGAAAUGGAGGUUGAUGAAGCAGGUUCUUCCAAUGUUAAAAUUUCCAAUUAUAAGAAUCUACCGACAAAAAGUUACAUACUGUCUUCUAACGAAGCUAACGACAUUCACAACGAAAACAUAAAAUUAUUAAAUACAAUGUCUGAGAACGAAAUAUUGGAGGAACAACAGAAGUUACUCUGCAGUUUAGACCCUAAGUUGAUAGAAUUUAUAAAAGCUAAAAGGAAACUAUCUGCCACUGAAACUAAAUCUGCCCCAUCAAGUGGGAAAAGGCUACCAGAUACUGACAAUUUUAAACAAUAUGUUGAAAAUAAAAUGGACAUAAGUGAAUCUAUGGACCCUGGACAAACUUCUACAUAUGAUAAUGAUUCUCUUUGGGAAAAUGAUGUUUUAUCUCACCCAUUAGUUAAUAAAUGGCUACACUUUGAAUCUUUGGAAAAGGAUAAGUUAGAAUGGAUGAAGGGUAUAGAAGAAAGCAAAAAAAUCAAUACUGAGGAACCCUAUGAAGCUAGGUUUGAUUUUAAAGGAUAUUUACUGCCCUAUACAAUGGAAUAUACGGAAAACACAAAGACAUUGUUCCAUCAUGGUGAAGAACCACAUAGACCUGGUUAUUCUCUCACUGAACUCUUUGAAUUGUCCCGUUCAACAAUCACACAGCAAAGAGUUAUGGCCUUGAAUACUUUAGCAGGAGUUUUAGAAUACUACAGUGCAGGAACUUACAAAGAUGUGUUGGAGAUUCCUUUGAGUAAAUUUUUUUUUGUUAUCAGAAUAGCAAUGGAUGAAAAUAAAACCAUAAUUUUAGAGCCAGCUCUGAAAGCAAUGAGAAAUUUGUUGUAUAAUAGAAUAGAUGAGGCCUGUCUCGAUGCCUUGCUGGGAUUUGAGGAAGGAACAAAACAACCAUGUUUAGAAAAUGAUAAAUCAGAAAUAAAAGAGUUGGAAUCCAAAGAAUCAGAGCUAAAAGACUUUCACUUAGCUGAAAUAGAUAUUAUUGCCGCUUUAUUGCGAACUGAUAUUCUGCAAAGAUUGUACUAUAUUUUAGAAACUGUCCAACCGAGUUUCAACUGUGUUCAAUAUGCAUUGCAAAUAUUAACGAGACUGGCAAGGGAUUCAGUAGAAACAACUAUGAAAAUAGUACAAGCAGAAAAUUUAAUGCAAACAAUUAUUAAGUGCUUUGUUCCAAUAACAAGCAUAAACUUUGCAUUUAAUCCUCAGAUUGUGUACAAUGGAAAACCAGUACUAGCUGCAAUAAAAUUGCUAAGGAUUCUGUCAUUACAGUCUCAAGAAAUAGGUCACUUGUUAGUAACAAAAUAUAAUAUCCUGAAAGCAAUAUCUGAGUAUGUCAGCUCGGGAGUGGAUGGAACUUAUGGAUUAAGAAUACAGAUUGAAGCAUUCUGUAUACUUUCUAACUUAUUAAAUUUUGGUGUUGGUCUCGAAAAUGCACUGUCAUUAUCUCCAAUAGUAGGAACAUGUCUGCACAAACAUGUACAGGGAACAGAUAUCUUUAUCAACUCCUCAGUGAUAUCAGCUACUCAUUGUGCAGUGAUUUUGCAAUUUGUGAAUAAGUUGCUAAGCUGUGAUUGGAUAAAUUUACAUAAUUACAAACAAGUUGUAUAUCCCCUUAUAAAGGAGGGUACACAAAAAUGGAUGGCACAGCUAGCUCAGUCUGAAAAUUACACUUGUGCACAUUUAAGAUUAAUGUGUGCUGCUUUAGAUUGCUGUAAAACAAUGCUACUAGCUGAAAAAAUGCAAAUGAAGUUUCUCAAUGAUUCCUUAAAGAAUUUGGUAACCUCAAGAGGAUAUAAAGAGAUUACAAAGAAUCUAACAACCAGUUCAAAUUUGCUAUCAGGAAUUGAAAACAAAGAUCUUCACCUGGUCAAAAAUUUAAUGAGUCUUGCAGGGUCAGUGAUUGAUUCAGCCCAAAAAGUCUUGCCCCUGUUAAGUGUACUAUCGCCUAUCCCAUUCUUGGCUUCUCUAUUUAAUUUACUAACCCUUGUCACCGAUAAAGAUAUUGCAACAAGCUUUCUUGAGAGCAUUUCAACAUAUCUAAACAUUUUAAUGAAAAAAUCACCAAGUAUAUGUGAUAACUGGUUUACAAGAAUAGAAACAGAUUUUGUAUUCGCAAUUGUGAAGUUAUCUGUUCAAAAUGAAAUCCCUGAGUCAAAAAAAGACCUGUUUUAUACUGUUGCAAGUAAACUGUGUUACAUUCUAAGAAUAGAUAAGAUAUAUGAGCUUGAUUAUCUUUUCAACAAUGUUGUCUUCAACAAGCAAUGGUUCACAGCAGAGAGACUUUUGAAUCUUGUUUCUUUAUCUGAUGCCGACGGAUUCUCUAAAGCUCUUACAUCCAUAGAAGACAUCAAAAUUUGUUAUAGUAUGGUUGUUAAUUUAAAUUACAAAAAUACAGGACCCAAUGUAGUAUUGAGAAAGUGGCAAGAGCCCAUAUUACCUAGAGAUUGGAUAUAUUUGCCAAUUCUUUCCUUGUAUAGCAGGAGUCAAGAAGUAGAUUCAACUCCUACAGUUGUUGGCGAUCAUGCGAAAAGAGUAGCAGCUCAGAAUACUGCCGAAAAAGAAUUUAUUGUUACUUGCAGUUUAGAAUGGAUUCUGUUCAAUGAGCUGUGCUUUCCAGACCUACUAAAUGAUAUUGAAAUAACAGACCGGCUAUGUCGAAUAAUGUGUGUAUUUCUUUGCGAUAACUCUUUAUUCUUGGACAAGAAAAUCAAACUUUUAUUACAAAAAUGCACACAAAUACUUUUUAAGAAAAAUAACGCUUUUAACUUUGAUAAACCACUUGUUGGGCUAAACAACUUUCAAGAUUUUUACACUCAAUUUCUGGAACAGUUCCAGUCAGUCAGUUAUGGAGAUUAUGUGUUUGCAGCUUGCGUUUUAGUGCCUUUGGCUCAAAGGCAUAAUAUCAAGUGGCGAAAACUUUUGUGGUCAGAAUACGCGGGAUGUCUAAGAGCUCUUGAUUGCCCUGAAGCAAUGUUAUGCUAUGAAAUAAACGACUACUUCUAUCCCGAAGAAACAGACGAGUCUUUAAUAAGAUCCUACAGUCAAGCUCUCUCUGGGAAUUUGUUAAGACCUAAUACGAUUUCGUACAGAAUUGCUUCUCAUCACGUGGAAGCAUUCAAGAAACAAAUUAACAAAAUUUAAUUUUGUAAAUCUGUGUGAUGAUGUAAAUAUAAUUGAAAUAAUAAAAUAAGCUUUACAUACCAAUUGUUUUUCCUCGUCAUCCUUGCAGCAGAUUCUUUUUGAAAAUUGUUCUAGCCCAUAGAUUAUAAAGAUAUAGCUAUAGCA